GAGCGGGGCGCCCCCAACAGCUAACAAAACACCUGCCCAUUCUCGCCAUUGAGUCUUACUUUCCUUUCAUUCUUCUUCAAUCAGCCCUCUCCGGUAUCCAUUGCAGCUUUAGCCCCGCAAUUGAGGCCCCUCCCAUGCUCCCACAAUGCCCAUCGUCGACGUCCACACACACAUCUACCCGCCAACCUACGUCUCUCUCCUCCGCUCCCGCAAAACCGUCCCCUACGUACGGACUUUUGCCGACGCGCCGGACUCGUCGCGCUUGAUCAUUCUCCCCGGCGAAGAUGACCCCUCCACGCCCUCCACCUCGCGCGGCCGCCCCAUCGGCCCCGAGUACUACGACAUCGCGCAGAAGAUCGCGUUCAUGGACCAGCACAAGAUCGACACGUCGGUGAUAUCGCUCGCGAACCCGUGGCUGGAUUUCCUGCCCGCGGAGGAGGCGGGUGAGGCGGCGCGGAAGAUAAACGACGAUGUGGAGGAGAUUUGCGCGAGGUAUGAGGGGAGGCUGUAUGCGUUUGGCACGUUGCCGCUGAGUGCGGAGACGGCGGUUAUAGUCGCCGAAGUGCAGAGGUUAGCGGGGUUGAAGCACAUGCGGGGUGUUAUAAUGGGGACGUCGGGGCUGGGAAACGGGCUUGAUGAGGCGGCGCUGGAUCCUGUUUACGCGGCGCUGGAGAAGUACGGGCAGCUUAUCUUUCUGCAUCCGCAUUACGGGCUGCCGAAAGAGGUGUACGGGCCCAGAGCGAAUGAGUACGGUCACGUGCUUCCGCUGGCGCUGGGAUUUCCGCUUGAGACGACGAUAGCGGUGAGCAGGAUGCUGUUGAGCGGGGUGUGGGACAGGUUCAAGAAGUUGAAUGUGCUGCUUGCGCAUUCCGGGGGGACAUUGCCGUUUCUGGCCGGGAGGAUAGAGAGUUGUCUUUUGCACGAUGGCCAUUUAAAGAAGCAGGGGAAGACGGAGCAUCGGCGCGACGUCUGGGAUAUACUAAAAACGAACAUCUAUCUCGAUGCGGUCAUCUAUUCGGAAGUGGGGUUGAAGGCGGCGGCCGACGCUUCCGGGGCGGAUAGGUUACUUUUCGGCACCGACCACCCCUUCUUCCCGCCGCUGGAAGAAGACGCUAAGGAAUGGCACAGCGUAACCGCGAACUACGGCGCUAUUUCUAAGGCAUUCAAGGGGGACGAUAUGGCAGCCCAGGAUGUGCUGGGCAACAACGCCGUGCGAAUACUGAAAUUGCAUUCAUAACACAGCCGCCGAAUCGAUGUCGAUGCGGCAGAAGAGGGAUAGCGCUAGCUUUGAGGAGGAGAAGCGGAAGCUGGAUGGGCACAAUAAGCCGUGUGGCUGGGGAGGGAUGGGCGUGCUAGAAGAGUCGAGGCAUGCCUAGGAAGAAUUGAAGACGUACUAGACACUGAAGCGCACCAGACAGGCUUUUGCGGCACGGAAUGUAUUAUGAUGGUAAUGUAUCACGAUAGUUAUGCCCGCGAUGCUUGGAUUGCCAUGGCCAGUCACGAGGUCUACACCAUCAGCAGGAAGAGUACAUCGAGAUCGAUUAGCGCUAAGUCGCUCUUUUCUU